AUGGAGUUCAUAGCAAAAGGAUGGAGUGCUGUGAAGGAAGUGGAUAGAGUCAUCGAUUACUGCGAACUCAAUGAUAAACGCCUUAUCCCUCUCCUCAGAACCGCAAAGGAGAAUUUCGAGCUUGCUUUGGAGGCUGACAACUCAAAUACCCAUGCUCGGUUUUGGUUGUCCAAAUUGCAUAUGAAGUACCAUGUUCCUGGAGCAUGUAAAGCUGUAGGAGCUGCUUUAUUAGUGGAAGCUGCGGAAAUGGGAGAUCCAGAAGCACAAUAUGAAUUAGGUUGCCGUCUAAGAGUUGAGAAUGAUUAUGUCCAAUCAGAUCAACAAGCUUUUUAUUAUAUAGAGAAGGCUGUCGACAAGUUACAUCCAGGUGCUCUUUACCUUCUUGGUGCUGUAUACUUGACGGGAGAUUGUGUGAAAAAAGAUAUUUCGUCAGCUUUGUGGUGUUUCCAUAGGGCAUCAGAGAAGGUAAUAAACAGGAUUCUUUAUGCUGACUAA